AUGGUAGACACAGUGAAGAUGGAGCUGGAUCACUACUAUGAAGUUCGCGAGGAAAAUUGCACUAGCUCAAAACUUAUUGAACAGUAUGACGAAACAAAAGGUCACCUGAAUAUUGAACAUAAAACACAUACGGAGGAGCUUAGGCUUAUUAAUCAGGUAAAGUACCUUUAAGCUUAGGCUUAUGUUUAUUAGGCGUACGCUUAUUAGGCUUACGCUUAUUAAGCUUAUGCUUUCUAGACUUACGCAUAAUUUGUAAAAUUUAAACUAAUAAACGUUAUCUAAUCAGCUACCGUAUUCCAGGACAUUAAUCACCUUGAAGACCUCGUGAAAACUGUAAAAUCAAAACAAAUUCAUGAGAAGGCGGUGUUGGCUGACAAAUACGAGAAAUUAAAGAAAGCCCAAACCACAACCAAUGAGAAAUUAGACGAAAUCAGUAAUCAGUCAAUUGACAUUGUCCAAGCUCCAAAAUGGUAUUUUAAAUUGUCAAGAACAAAAAGACAAAUUUUUACAAAAAGAUAAAAGAAAAACUAAAAUUUUGACACAAAAACGCAGAAAUUUUUUAAAAAAAUAUAUCUUCAACUUUUUUAGGCUACAACAAGACUGCCGUUUAACAGAACAAAAGUUCAAUCCAAAUUUGUUUCAAAUGUUAUUGCCCCAAAACACAAACCUUUUAAUGUCCUUAAACCCAGUGUUCCUAAAACGUGCACAAGCGUUUCCAUACACCUUACCAAGACGGACAUGUGAAGACCCGGCAAAAAGCAAAGUAAGUUAAACAAGGUAGUCAACUCGCAUACCAAAGUAUCUUAAAGUUAAGGUAGCCCUUAAAUUAAGGUGUGUAAGAAUAAUCCUAACCCAUACGUCAAAUGAUAACAAACGGACGCCAAAAGCCUAAGCUAAGCCUAAGCUAAGCCUAAGCUAAGCCUAAGCUAAGUUUAAGCUAAGCCUAAGCUAAGCCUAAGCUAAGCCUAAGCUAAGCCUAAGCUAAGCCUAAGCUAAGCCUAAGCUAAGCCUAAGCUAAGCCUAAGCUAAGCCUAAACCUAAGCCUAAACCUAAGCCUAAACAUAAACCUAAGCCUAAACCUAAGCCUAAACCUAAGCCUAAACCUAAACCUAAGCCUAAGCCUAAGCUAAGCCUAAGCUAAGCCUAAGCUAAGCCUAAGCUAAGCCUAAGCUAAGCCUAAGCUAAGCCUAAGCUAAGCCUAAGCUAAGCCUAAACCUAAGCCUAAACCUAAGCCUAAACAUACACCUAAGCCUAAACCUAAGCCUAAACCUAAGCCUAAACCUAAGCCUAAGCCUAAGCUAAGCCUAAGCUAAGCUACUCCGCAGACAAAAAUUUGUUCCGUACAGAAAAAUAAGGCAAAUCCAACCCUCGCAGUAAUAUGUUGGGUCGUUUUACAUCGAGGCAAAUAUUAUAUAAAACCAUAAAAUUGCAUAAGAAGACGUUGCGCAACACGGUUUCUGACAAUUUCUCUAAGGCUAUUCUGUUAUACAUAAUACCAUAUAACAUGGUACGUAAAAUAAUAUUUAUCUACACCCCAUGUUUUUAGCAAUGCGCAAGUUGUGGUCAACAAAUUCAUCGAAAUGCUCCAAUAUGCCCGUAUUGCAAAACCAAAACUGUCUCCAGAAAUCCACGAAGAUAUCGUCGCGAAAAGUACAAUAGUUAA